AUGAGUUUAUCCUCCCAAGAACAACUUGAAAUGAGUGGUAACAUUUCCUCAACUGCAAACAAUGAAGAUAAAAAUGAAGAGGAAGAAGAAGAAGAAGAAGAUAUACCCUACGAUGAGUUAUCUCAAAGACAAGACACCAAGGUUGAACACAUUGUUUUUGGGAUAGCGGCUUCAUCAAAUUUGUGGGAUACAAGAAAAGAAUACAUUAAGGUAUGGUGGAAGCCUAAUCAAACAAGAGGGGUGGUGUGGUUAGAUACCAAAGUAAGGACUCAGGCAAACGAAGGGUUACCACAGAUUCGAAUUUCUGAGGACACCACUAAAUUUAAAUAUACUAAUAGUCAAGGGCAACGAUCUGCAUUGAGGAUUUCAAGGGUGGUUACAGAAACAUUGAAGCUUGGAAUGAAGAAUGUAAGAUGGUUCAUGAUGGGAGAUGAUGACACUGUAUUUAUUGUGGAUAAUGUGGUUAGAAUUCUUUCAAAAUAUGAUCAUACUCAGUUCUAUUAUGUUGGUAGUUCAUCUGAGAGCCAUGUUCAGAACAUUCAUUUCUCAUAUGCUAUGGCAUAUGGUGGAGGAGGAUUUGCCAUAAGCUACCCCUUAGCAAAGGAGCUUGCAAAGAUGCAAGAUCGUUGCAUUCAACGAUAUCCUGCAUUGUAUGGAAGUGAUGAUAGAAUGCAAGCUUGCAUGGCUGAGUUAGGGGUGCCAAUAACUAAGGAACUUGGCUUUCAUCAGUAUGAUGUGUAUGGGGACCUCUUAGGUCUUCUGGGGGCACAUCCUGUGACUCCAUUAAUGACAUUACACCACCUUGAUCUGGUGCAACCAAUAUUCCCAAUGAUGAACCGGGUACAAUCCCUGCGACACUUGAUGAAAUCUGUUAAGCAAGACUCAGGUAGCGUAAUGCAGCAAUCAAUUUGCUAUGACAAAAAGAGAUUUUGGUCCAUCUCUAUUUCAUGGGGCUUUGUGGUUCAGGUUCUGAGGGGAGAAGUGUCCCCCAGAGAGUUAGAGAAGCCAACACGAACCUUUUUAAAUUGGUACAAAAAAGCUGAUUACACUGCAUACUCAUUCAACACCAGACCUGUCACCACAGACCCUUGUCAGAAAGCUUUCCUUUUCUACAUGAACAGAACACGAUAUGAUCCAGUUAGGAAGAAAAUUUUUGGUACUUAUUCUCGUUACAAGAUUAAGCCCCCUCCUUGCACAUCCAAAUCGCCAUCACCUGAGAAAAUUGAUACCAUUAUAGUUUCUAAAAGACCAGAUCCUCUUCGUUGGCAAAGGUCACCAAGAAGAGAUUGUUGUAGGGUUCUACCAACACGAAAAAACAGAACUAUGUCUAUAAGGGUGGGCACAUGUGAAGAAGGAGAGCUUAGUGAACACGUUGGCGUGGAAACGGUCCACGGGAAUGAAGUCAACUAG